AUGUCAAUAAUAAAAGAGAAAAAAACUGUUACAAUAUUAGCAAAAGCCGUAUCAAAAUGUUCUUUACAAGCUACAACUUAUGCAAAAUGUGUAAGUUCUCAACUUGAUUCCAUUCAUCAUAAUGCUUGUUAUAAAGAAUUUCUUGAUUUCAAAUUAUGUGUACAAAAAUGUGUUGGUAAAUCCUGGUAA